UUCUCCAUUAUUUGAACUUCAAUUCAAUAAUUAAGCUUGUAAAACUAAAACAGCUUAGUCUUUUAUACAGAGAACAGAGAAAGAAGAGAGAGAGAGAAGAGAGAUGGGCAGAGCGCCUUGCUGUGAUAAGGCCAACGUGAAGAAGGGACCUUGGUCUCCGGAGGAAGAUGCAAAGCUCAAGUCUUUCAUCGAAGAGCAUGGAACUGGUGGCAACUGGAUCGCUCUCCCUCACAAGAUUGGCCUAAAGAGAUGUGGUAAGAGCUGUAGGCUGAGAUGGCUGAACUAUCUGAGGCCAAAUAUAAAACAUGGUGGUUUCUCUGAAGAAGAAGAUCAAAUCAUUUGUAAUCUCUUCGUUAGCAUUGGAAGCAGAUGGUCAAUUAUAGCUGCUCAACUCCCUGGAAGAACUGAUAAUGAUAUCAAGAACUAUUGGAACACUAGGCUCAAGAAGAAGCUUCUUGGCCGGCGAAGAGACUCGUCGUCCACAUCCCAACCGCGGCAUCUCCCCAAUGAAAAGGGUUGUAACCCUAAUCCCAACCCUAAUAUUGGAUCCUCACUAACCCUAACUUCAUCUGCUCUUGAGAGGUUGCAGCUUCACAUGCAGCUCCAAGGUUUAAAUAGCCCAUUUUCCUUUUACAACAACACAGCGCUUUGGCCAAAGUUUUAUCCUCUUGGGAAUGAUUGCAAGCUCUUCCAAACCAUAAGUACUGAUGCUAUUACUACCACUGUGUAUCCAUUGAAGCUUUCUCAAGCAACCAUGGAACCAAGUGAGCAAGCCAAUUUUAGUAAUUCUAUGAUCACAAGCUUGCAAGGAAGUUUAGGGAUCUCUUCUUCUUCCUCUUCUAACCUUGAUAUUGAGCUCCAUGACUUGCUUUGUGGUAAAGAAAGCCAGUUUUUCAAUGAAAUGGAAAGCUUCAAAGAAAUGAAUAUUGAAGAGGGAAUGGGCUGGUGGGGAAGCAAUGGAUUGGAUGAGAAAUCUUUGUUUACUUCGUUGGAUUCGACAUCGGCUCUUCGGUCUGAUUUUGUGCUUCAAGAGUAUAGAAUGGGGUAUGAUUUAUAGUCUCAGUAAUCUUCAAUGUGGAGUUUAUGUUCUUUGGUUUAUUAGUUUCGGCAUGGAAAUAUUAUGAUGAAUUAUCAUUGUAAAUUAAUUUGUGAAUAAUACUUUUAUAUGUCGAUGUUCU